CGUCAAUACCAAUGAUGAAAUUAAAGCAUCCUCACGAGUAAGAGAAUCAGGCGAAGGCAUAUAUGGGCAUGAUUUCUAUUUGGAAACAUAUCGUGAUGAUUAUAAAAAAGAAAUUUACAUCAAUUACGCAUUUUCUCCAAUUCGUAAAUUAGAUGGUACUGUCUGGGUAUAA